GUUCUACAUUUAGAUCCAUAGUCCGUUUCGAUUGCAACGUAUGAUAGGAUAUUUGUUUUUCAUGCGUAGAAAAUUCAUAGAGGAUUGCUUGGACGCACACAAUCGUUACCGAGCCAUUCAUGGAUCUGAACCACUUCAAAUUUUACCAAAGCUGAACAAAUAUGCUAACGUAUGGGCGACCUAUUUGGCGAAAAAAGGUGACACCACACGAAGAAAAACAUUACAUUACGGAGAGAACGUAUACGUUGUUUUCAUCGGGGACGUUAGUAGCUCAGGACCCGUCGUCGAAGCUGUUGACUCUUGGUAUCAGGAAAAUAAAUAUUACGAAUACAAAGAAUCCCAAGUAAAUUUAAAGGUGGUACGUCAUUUUACGCAACUGGUAUGGAAGGAAACAAAAUUUAUGGGAUUUGGAAUGGUCACUUCUCCGACCGGACAGAUCUAUAUUGUCUGCAACUACGAUCCUCCUGGCAACGUAGAAAAGAAAUUUGCUGAAAAUGUGUUACCACCGAAGGAACAGGAGGAACAGGAGGAGGAGAAGGAGGAGGAGGAGAAGGAGAAGGAGGACAAAGAGGAGGAGGAGAAGGAGGAGGUAAGUCGUUGAGAUUCCCUUUCGUAAACGAGUCUUCAUAAAAUACACGUGUGAGCCAUGUGCUUUGUGUACUACGAGCAUCCUUCCUUACUAUUACCUUUUUUUUAU